CCGGUGAGAGGGACGCAGCCCGCGCCGAGCCGGGCGGCGCCGGGCGAUGUUCCCCCUGUGGAAGGCCGUUCUCUCGGAGAGUCUCCUGGGCUACAUUUCUUGGUCUCUUUAUCAUGCACUGCCACCAAUGAUCUACUACUUCCCUCUUCAAACACUGGCACUUACAGGCCUAGAAGUUUUUGCUGUUGCCUUCUUUUCCCCGAUAUUCUUGACAAUUGGCCCUUUUUGGAAGUUGGCUAACAAUGAGUACGUCCUAGCCUUUCUGAGACUGACUAUGGUUGGAAGCUUAGCAUCAUACCAUGCACCAAAUGCUACAAUUAGACUGCUCAUCUUGGCUGCUGGUGUUUCUUCUUCAUUGCUGGUUCAAACAGUAACAUGGUGGUCAGGAAACAGUUUACAAAGAUUCAUCAGGAUAUGGGGCUUCAUGCUAGGCAAGAUAAUGCUCCUUGUUCUUCGUAUCUGGUACACAUCACUUAAUCCAGUCUGGAGCUCACAAGUUGCCAAUACUGUCAUACUGACAAUUGGUUUCAUAGCAGCAGUGGAGCGAAUUCAUUCAAAUGGAAACAAAAGGAAACAAGAAACAAACAAAACUGGUAAUGUGAUUAGAGAGACUGCUUCCCAUCCUCAUUGGUUUUUAUCAGGGAUUGCUUUUGGCAGCCUUAUGUUCCUCACUCUGUGGAUAUUUGGGGAGGUUUCAUUAAUUUCUAGAUGGGCAGUAAGUGGACAUCCACAUACAGGUCCAGAUCCUAAUCCAUAUGGAGGUACAGUUCUGUUGGGCCUUGCUCAUGGAUUGAUGCUUUCAUUUUGGAGCUGGUCUUUUACUUACUCUAUUCUUUUCUAUCCCUUCACAGGUUUGGCAUCUUCAGCUGGUCUCCUUUAUUUACAUACCUGGAGUGCUGCUGUUGCAGGCAACAUUCUUGGUGUCUUUACUAUGUGUGUGUGGCCUCAACUAGCUGGACGCUUUGUCAGCUGUCUGCAUCCUGGGAAAGCCAUGAGCACAGCCAUGUUUGCCUAUGUUCUUGAAUUAUUCUUCUGUGUUUGGUGUACAGCUUAUAAAUUUGUACCUGGAGGAGUUUACAUUAGAGAAAGCUCCCAUCUUCUUCUAGGUUUUAUAAUGUUAUGUAUUGGGGUAGACUUUCUAACAGGACCCAAGAAAGACCUUAGCUCUGUCUUUGAAGUGAAAAGCAAUCAAAAACUAUUCUUCAAAAGGAGUAAAAACUGUAUUAAACUACUAUUGUGGCUGUUUGUUGGUGUCGGUUUGCUUGGAUUAGGUUUACGUUAUAAAACUUACCAGAAGAAGUUGGGCCAAGGGGUUCCAAAAAGAGAUUUCUCUGCUAUGAUCUGGCCUUUUAGAUUUGGAUAUGACAAUGAAGGAUGGUCUAAUUUGGAAGGAUCAGCUAAUUUGCUUAAUCAGACAGAAGCAGAUUUUAUCACUAUUAUAGAGAGUGAUGCCUCUAAACCAUUCAUUGGAAACCAUGAUCCAACAAUGUGGCUAGGAGAAAGACUGGGAUUUUAUACAGAUUUUGGUCCAAGCACAAGAGAUCACACUUGGGGGAUUAUGGCACUAUCCAGGUAUCCAAUUGUAAAAUCGACCCAUCACCUCCUUCCAUCUCCAGAGGGAGAGAUUGCACCUGCUAUCUCCCUGACUGUCAACUUCACAGGGAAGCUGAUUGAUUUUGUUGUUGCUCACUUUGGAAAUGAGGAAGAGGACUUGGACAGAAAACUCCAAGCAAUAGCUGUUUCAAACCUAUUGAAGACUAGCUCUAAGCAAGUUGUGUUUCUAGGAUACAUCACUUCAGCUCCUGGAUCCAGAGACUAUACUGAAUUAAUAAAAAAUGGAACCGUGCAGGAUAUUGACAGUACAGAUCGGGACAGAUGGUGUAGCUAUAUUAUGUAUCGUGGAGUAAUAAGGCUGGGUUAUGCCCGCAUAUCUCAUGCUGGUUUAAGUGAUUCAGAAGUCCAGAUGGCCAAAUUUAGAAUUCCAGAUCAUAUGGAUAGCUUUGUUGACAAUGACAGAAUUGUCACUGAUCCCAGCCAAGUUCCUGAGGACAUCCAUUUCAAUCCCAGGUUUGGAUCUUAUAAAGAUGGACAUAAUUAUGUGCCUAUUCAUCACUUUCAUAUGAGCACUCCUAAAUAUUUUAAACGGACAAAUUAGAGCAAGAAAAUAAGAUUAUUAUUGAGACCAGCAAGAAAGGUUUGUUGCUUGACACUGAAUUUACAGCCAAAAAGAUUACAGUGUUUAAGGAUGAGCAACUCCAAUGCUGCAUAACACUGUGAAUGUCUGUGUAAUAGUUGGUGGCUUCUUGAAUGAGCUGCCAUCACUGUGAGGGAGGGAAGAUGCCUGCAUUUUGAUAAACUGGUAUCUACAUUGGUCGGGUACCUACUUUGUAUGCAACAAAGCAAGGAUGGGAACUUGCUUUGGCAACAACUUCUUCGUCUUUUGGGGAGGUAUCAUAUAUCAAGAUGUUUCAGAGUGCUAUUGCUGCAACUGGAAUAAAAAGAUUGACCUAGGGUUUUU